CACUGACACCCGUUUUCUUCUCAUAACAUGGACAAUCUCAUUCUGUCUUAGGAAAACUGUUUUGAUUCGGCUGGCAUAUUUGUCACCUCGGCCGAUCGUUCGCCAUAAAUUCCGUGUCCUAAGACACCGUUAAUAGUGUUCAUGUGCAACUUUCGGAGGUGUGAAUCUCGACUAACCCAGCGAACAAAAGAACUGGAAACAUGUCCAUUGAAUUCAAUAUAGCUACCCUCAAACUGUUAAAAAAAAUCCCUGCCUUUCCCGUAAUUACCACUUUGUACGGGCACUUGUUGACGAGAAAGUUCGCCGUCGAGGCUUUCACACUUCUCUCUACAGUAGACUAUUAACACCUCUGUUGCUGUCAUAUAUUUAUUAUGCUUUAAUGCAAUAUCUCUUACAUUUGAGAGUGUGAAGUCCGCAAAACGGCAGUUUAUCUAGAACUAUCUAGAGAAUAUGGAACAGCCAUUAGACCUAACAACAAAAAGAAGCAAAAUUGAUCGCGCCUAUAGUGACCACAUGCAGAUUUUCUCACCAUUAGACCAAAAUCGAGAAUUCUACUUCUCCAAUGAUAUUACAAAGACCAAGGAAGAUGAAGUAGUUCGUAGCGCGAACCACAUGGUUUUGGAGAAGAAAAAUGUCCCAACGGCAUCCAACAUUGGAAUUUCCGGGAUAGGAAAUAAAGUCUCUCAAAAUAUGGAAUUUACCAAAGACGAAAUCUUAAACUUAAGUUUGGGAGAAAAAACGUCAAAGCGUGUCCAGGGAACGGGAACAGAUACCGAGGAGUCGAUAGCUGUUAAUGCUCAAGAACUAUACAAAGGUCUCGGACAUUCUGAUAUAUUUCACAUCGAGGACAGAAAACAGCGAGAUUUCCAAGCAGUGGAUGAGGAAAAUAUUAGAGAUGGCGAUAAAGAAAUCGCCAGAACGGGAGAGGGGUACCCGGAUGCUUUAUAUGGGGCGGAUACUUCGGAGGCUCUGGUUUGUGAACGGGAGGGGAUGCAGGUCAAUAUUAUGGAUUCACACUUAUGGAUGGCCUUCAAUGAAAUCCAAACCGAAAUGAUCAUCAACCGAAGUGGAAGGAGAAUGUUCCCUUACCUCUACAUUUCCGUAUCCGGCCUGAAGUCGGACGGGAUAUACGACAUUUUACUGGACGUCCUUCCGGCAGACAAACGGAGGUUUAAGUUCUUUAACGACGCCUGGGUCCCGGUGGGCGUGGCGGAACCCCAGCAGGAGAACUCCUCGUAUGUACACCCCGACUCCCCCAGUCCGGGGGCGCUGUGGAUGACCAGAAAAAUAUCGUUCGCUAGAGUGAAACUGACCAACAGCUUAGAAUCCUCUCCAGAGAACAUUUUUCUUCAUUCUAUGCAUAAAUAUGUCAUCAAGAUUACGAUACUGAAGCGACAAACCACAACGGAGGUGAAGAAAUGUGUGUCGUUUUUGCUGCAAGAGACAAAUUUCAUCGCAGUGACGGCCUAUCAAAACAGCAAGAUCACUCAUCUUAAAAUCCUUAACAAUCCUUUCGCCAAAGCCUUCCGAGGAGACAAAGCAAGAUACAAACGACCCAGAAGAAAGUCUUCGGAGAAAGACGGGAAAGCAGACGACUCGCACGGACAAGAGGGAGAUGAGGUCAGUGAAGAGAAAUGCAGACGAUUGGCGGAAUCCCGCGCCAUCUUCCCAUGGACCAAUCAGAACACUGGCUCUGGCAAAGAUAGCGAAGAACUUAGUUGUGACCUGGCUUUCUCGUCGGGAUCGACCUCUAAGAACGUCUUGAUGUCUCCAUACAUUCUGAAUGCCUACCGUUAUAACGUCGGGAUCUACGCCAGUAUCAUGGCCUAUCACGCUCGCCUGGCGGAACUUAAUGGGGUUUCCAGCGACUAGUGCUCGGACAUUUAGUCCCUUCUCACUGACCACAGCAUGAUGGUGCUCAAACAGCGAAAAAUUAAAUAUGACUUUCAAAAGACAGUUUAAAAGUGAUUUUUUGUAUUUGUUUAAUAUACAGACAGUCGAUCACACUUGAUAAUUUUACAUUAAAUGUCAAACUUGUAAAUUUGGUGCCACUCCGUACCUGCUAUGGUUUUCUUUAAUUCUCUUUCGAAUGUUUUGAAAGUGCUUCACAUUCAAAGUGAGAACA